AUUGUUUUUCCUAUGGAACAAUCAUGACGAGUACGAUUCGAAUUGAUAUUGUAUGUUGCCCUUUGCAUUGUUUCAGGGAAAUUACUUAAAAAACUUGUUUGCUGCGUACAAUGAAGCAGAGAAAACAGGCCGGUACCACGCAGGAUGCAAGGAAAACAUCGAAAGAUUCUUCUUUCAUUGAAGAAAAUGAAGCGCCACCAAGAUCAAACUCGUUUUCUUCAUCAAAGAGAGUAUUCGGACUUUGUUUGGCGAUGAGAGUUGCGAAUUCUUUGCUGAUCCAAACAUAUUUUAAUCCUGAUGAACACUGGCAAGCCCUAGAAGUAGCUCAUCGCAUUGUAUUUGGAUAUGGACAUCUGACAUGGGAAUGGGGAGAAGGCAUAAGAAGCUUUUUACAUCCUAUGGUGUUUGCUGUCCUCUACAAAGUUCUUGCUUUACUUCAGCUUGAUACCCCAUUAUUUAUUAGGAAGGCUCCACGGAUACUGCAAGCCCUAUUUUCUGCAAUUGGCGAUCUUUAUUUGUACAAAUUGGCUCAGUUGCUAUUCGAUACUAAUGUCGCUAAUCUGGCUCUCUUUUCCCAGCUGACAAACUGGUUCAUGUUUUUCUGUUUCAACCGAACUUUAUCAAAUAGUCUGGAGACUGUGCUUACAAUUGUCGGGAUAUACUAUUGGCCCUGUAUGAGACCACUUUCAAGGGAAACUCGAUUGGGUUCAAGAAAGUUGGGUUUGGUAAUUGCAGCCAUAGCAUGUGCAAUUAGACCAACAAGUGCAAUUGUAUGGGUAUAUGUUGGCAUUCUGGAACUGCUAACAACUAAAGACAAGCUUAAAUUUAUUUUUCUUGAGAUGGCACCUAUUGGGCUACUGGUGCUAACACUUACUCUUUUCCUGGAUCGUUUGAUGUACGGAUCUUGGGUUUUAGUUCCUCUUAAUUUUCUGAGGUUCAAUUUCCUUUCUGCUGGCGGAGAUUACUACGGAACUCACAAAUGGCAUUGGUACUUCACUCAAGGGUUUUCAGUAAUGGUCUUUACUUUCCUUCCCUUCUCUAUAGCUGGCAUUAUUGGAUCUAAAGAGUGGAAGCUAUCUGGGCUUAUAGCAUGGGUUAUAGGCCUUUACAGUGUACUUGGUCACAAAGAAUUCAGGUUUGUCCUUCCUGUGCUUCCAAUAGCUUUGAUGUUCUCUGGAUACUCGAUAGCUUCAAUUGGGAAACUUGAGUUUGCAUAUGGUAAACGGAGUGUAUCUACAACUAGUAAGAAAUUUCCUAUGAAAAAGAAGCUGGCCAUCCUUUUCCUUCUUGUUACCAACAUACCAAUGGCUUUAUACAUGAGUUUGGUUCACCAGAGAGGAAGUGAAGAUGUUAUGAACUACCUCUCAGAUGAGGCCCAGAAAGGGAAUGUUGGAAGUAUACUAUUUUUGACACCAUGUCAUGCUACGCCUUAUUACUCAACGCUUCAUAGAAAUCUUCCCAUGCGUUUCUUAGAUUGUUCCCCACCAAGGGAAGGAAACAGAAUCCCAGAUGAGUCGGAUCGUUUUAUGAUGGAUCCAGUUAGUUUUACCUUGGAUUUUUUCAAUCAUAACUCCUUACCCAGUCAUAUUGUUCUAUUUAACUCGCAAGAAGAGCUACUCAAGGAUUUCUUAACAUCUAAUUCUCUUGAAGAGAGCAAGAGGUUUUUCCAUGCUCAUUUUAAGGUCGACCGUGAUCUUCAGGCUUCCAUAGUUGUGUAUGCUCUAAAACACCAUUGACUCAUCGUACACCAAACAAACAAGUUGAGUUAGCAUAAUCCCUUUUGUUUUCUUUCAUUUUUUACUGCUUCCUAUUGUGUGUUCUUUCUGCAGAGUACAUUUGCACCUUUUGUAGACUUCUAAUAUUUAGUGAUCUGGGAAUUUUUAACGUUUGUCAACUGCUUAUUGCACAAAACUGUGGCGAUUCAUUCUGCCUUAUAUAUUGUUGUGACAUCCUA